GCGCAUCACUCCUAGCAACAGGCCGCCAUACUUGCUGCAAAUAAUUCAAAAGUCAGAAUAUUUAGCAAAAUUGAUGUUUAUGUUGUUAACGCGUUUCCUAAAAUAAGACACAACCAUGCCACCCAAAGGUGGAAAAGGGCUGAAGGCCACUGCUGCUGCGGGAAAAGCAAAGUCUAUGCGACCAAUAAAGGAUGAUGAUGAUGUCACAGAAAUGGGGGAAGGUGGAGAUGAGUGGAUGCAACAGAAAACCCUUGUUAAACCAGAUGACCAGUUGGACCUAAAUGAAACUGAACUGAAAGAAGAAUUUACAAGAAUUUUGACUGCAAACAAUCCACAUGCACCAUCUAAUAUCGUGCGCUACAAUUUUAAGGAGAAUGCAUACAAACAAACAGCCCAUGUUGACCAACUUGCUAUCCAUUUUCUCUUGGAUGGCAAUAUGUUGCAUAGGGACUCAGAUGAAGCCAAGCGUCAAAUGCAAAGGGAAGGCCUGGCAGAAGCAGAAACACAUAGAUAUGGAGCUCCCAGUGAUCAUGCAGCUGCAACUGAGGGUGCAACAGAGGAGAAAGCUGAGACUGCAGAUGCGGCGGAUGGUGAAAAACCAGCUGAAGAGACCAAAGAAGAGGGUACAGGUGAAGAUGGCGCUACUACUCCAGCACCACCUGAGGGCGCAAAGAAAUUGACCAAUCAGUUUAACUACAGCGAGAGAGCAUCACAGACUUAUAACAAUCCAUUCAGGGAGCGCGGCACUGUGACAGAACCCCCACCCAGGGCCACAUUCUGCGCCAAUGUCACCCAAUGGGAGAUAUUUGACGCUUACCAAGAAGACCAAGACAAGCAGGAGAAGAACAAGGAGAAGAAGGUAGUGCCAGGGAGACAGCAAGAGGAGAAGGCCAGGAAGAAGCUGACCGUCAUGGAUGCUCAGGGAGAUGAUAUAUCAAGGGUGUCCAGAGCAUCUAAGAUCAUUGAAAGAAUGGUCAACCAGAACUCAUAUGAUGAUGUUUCACAGGAUUUCAAGUAUUGGGAGGAUGUCUCCGAUGACUUCAGGGACCAAGAGGGAACAUUGCUGCCUCUCUGGAAGUUUUCAUUUGAUCGUGCAAAAAAGUUGGCAGUUACGUCGCUUUGUUGGAAUCCAAAGUACAAGGACUUCUUUGCUGUGGGUCAUGGGUCAUAUGACUUCAUGAAGCAAACAAGAGGUAUGAUCCUGUUUUACUCAUUAAAAAAUCCAUCCUACCCAGAGAAAAUCUACUCAACUGAGAGUGGUGUUAUGUCGCUGGAUAUUCACCCAGAGCACCCGUACCUCCUAGCUGUAGGCUUCUAUGAUGGGAGCGUCGGUGUGUAUAAUGUCACAGAGAGUAGAACGACCCCAAUGUACCUAAGCACAGCCAAGAAUGGCAAACACACAGAUCCUGUUUGGCAGGUUCGCUGGCAAAAGGAUGACUUAGACAAUAACCUGAAUUUCUUCUCUGUGUCGUCAGAUGGCCGUGUUGUGUCUUGGACUUUGGUCAAAAAUGAGUUACAUUAUAAUGAUGUCAUAAAGCUUGCACUCCCAGAAUCCCCAUCUGAUGGCCCAGAUGGCACUAAACUAUUUACCCUAGGUUGUGGAACAUCAUUUGACUUCCACAGACAGACAGACUAUUUAUUCCUGGUGGGGACGGAGGAAGGAAAAAUCCAUAAAUGUUCGAAAGCAUAUUCCAGUCAGUUCCUUGAUACGAUACAAGCUCAUCAUAUGGCAGUUUAUAAAGUUGUAUGGAACCACUUCCAUCCUAAUAUCUUCAUCACAUGCAGUGCGGAUUGGUCCGUAAAAAUAUGGGACCACAAACAAACUAAAGACCCAAUGUUUACCUUUGACCUGAAUAGCUCGGUAGGAGACGUAGCCUGGGCACCUUAUGCAUCAACAAUAUUUGCAGCUGUAACUGCAGAUGGAAAGGUGCAUGUCUAUGAUCUGAGCAUAAACAAAUACGAGGCCAUUUGUGAGCAAACUGUUGUACAGAAAAAGAAAACCAAACUAACCCACGUGUCAUUUAACCCCAUACAUCCCAUACUCAUAGUUGGAGAUGAUAGGGGAUAUGUCACAAGUUUAAAGCUGUCACCUAAUCUCAGAAAGAUGCCAAAGGUUAAGAAGGGCGAGGCACCACCAGACAGGACGGAACAGGAAAUAGCAAAAAUGGACAAACUUUUGGCUCUCGUGAGAGAACCAGAUAGAGUGGCUAAUAAAUCAUAAUAUAAUAGAUAAUGGAGAGGAACAUUCUAGAACAAUUUAAGAACUUUCAAUGCAAGAACAGGAAAUUGUUCAACUUUUCGGACCUAUAAUUAGUAUUAUCAAAUGUGAUAUUAAACUGAUAUUGUUCACUGUAUGCAGUUCUGUAUUUGAACUCCAAACUUGAACAAGAGAGGGAGCGGGUUGGAAUUUCAUUUCUUAAAGUCUAGCUACAAGCCCUUGAGACCCUCCCCACUACUCAUUCCAACAAGUGUGAGA